ACGGGACCGGCCUUCACAGCUGUCUCCGAUCGGUCAAAUGAGACUUGUUGGCCUCGCGAGUCCCCAAUUCGGCACUGCCGCCACCUCGCUCUUCUUUUCUCCCCGCCUUAAAACCCCCGACACCGCACCGAUUCCUCCUUUCUUUCCUCGAUUCCGUCCCUCCCUCCCCCCUCAUCGCCUUUUCAGCAACAAGACUCCCUCAGGUAGGAACAAGUUGCUUCUUUGUGUUGAAAAUCAUUAUUCUCCUACGGCUCAACAAUUUAGGACAUCUAUGGAAACAUCAAAGGAAUCUCAGGAGUUGAACAGGAGUCUUUACCCACAUAUAGAGCCAUACUCUUCAGGAUUUUUGAAGGUUUCAGAUAUCCACACAUUGUACUGGGAGCAGUCAGGAAACCCAAAUGGGCAUCCUGUUGUGUUUCUUCAUGGGGGACCAGGAGCUGGAACCUCAGCUAGCAAUAGACGAUUCUUUGACCCAGAGUUUUAUCGGAUCAUUUUAUUUGAUCAGCGAGGUUCAGGUAAAAGUACUCCCCAUGCCUGCUUAGAGGACAACACAACAUGGGACUUGGUUAAUGACAUUGAGAAGCUUAGGGAACAUUUAGAGAUACCAGAAUGGCAGGUGUUUGGUGGAUCAUGGGGAAGCACACUGGCUCUUGCAUACAGCCAAUCACACCCUGACAGGGUCACUGGUAUUAUUCUUAGAGGCAUUUUUUUGUUAAGGAAAAAGGAGCUUGAUUGGUUUUAUGAGGGUGGUGCGGCAGCUAUCUUCCCAGAUGCAUGGGAGCCCUUUAGAGAUUUCAUUCCAGAAAAUGAAAGGAACAACUUUAUUGUUGCUUACCACAAAAGGCUAAAUUCUGAUGAUAAUCACAUUCAGGUUACAGCUGCUAAAAUUUGGACUACAUGGGAGUUGAUGACUGCCCAUCUUAUUCAAAAUGAAGAGAAUAUCAAAAGAGGGGAAGAUGAUGACUUCUCAUUGGCAUUUGCACGGAUCGAAAACCAUUACUUUGUGAACAAAGGAUUUUUCCCCUCUGAUUCAUACCUGUUGGAUAAUGUUGACAAGAUUCGGCAUAUCAGCACUGUAAUUGUUCAGGGAAGAUAUGAUGUUUGCUGCCCAAUGAUGUCUGCCUGGGAUCUUCAUAAAGCAUGGCCAGAGGCGGAACUCAAGGUAGUCCCAGAUGCGGGCCAUUCUGCUAAUGAAAUUGGGAUUGCUGCUGAGCUAGUGGCUGCCAAUGAGAAAUUCAAGAACAUCUUGAAAAGUGGUGGAUUUAAAAUGUAACUAGUUCUUUGGGAGCUAAAAAAGAUAAAGCUUAUGGGAGAUUGCAUUGGGAAGCUGGUCUCCAUUUGUCUGUAUUUGGUAUCUCCUACAAUAAGGAACAGUGUAAGCACUAUCAUCUUCUGAGAGGAUAUAGAAUGAAUUCAGAAUUUUUUAUUACUA